CGUACGUACGUAAUGGUGAUUUACUUGAAAUAUAAUUUGCCUGCCAUUUUGUGAAAUUGCUGAAGGAAAACAUAAUAACUAAAUGUACUAUUUGUCUCUUUGCCUCCUGAACUGGUGAAAACCGACUCCAUGAAGAGGCCACCAGGAUGCCCAAAGAUAAAUAUGAUAAAGACAAGUACGACAAUCACAGUCACCACAACGGGAUCGGGAUCGGGAUUGGAAGUCACAAGGGCCACAAUGGGAUAUCGACUACGACUAGGGGCCAUCGAAUCAUGUCACAGGACGAGGUGAUCGGGGGCAAGAAGUCGCACUGGGAGGGGCUAGAACUUACAGGUACUAUACGCAAUAUUAGUCCGCAGCUUUGGAAACUAAACCAUUUAACCGUGCUGUACAUGACUGACAAUCAACUGACCCGAGUGCCUGCUGAUAUCUGUCAGCUAACUCAUCUCAUCAAACUAGACCUGUCGUAUAACAAGCUAAGGAGCCUACCGGUAGAGAUAGGGGACCUGAUCUCUCUCAGGGAAUUAAUGCUGAACAACAACCAGCUGCGGUUGUUGCCCUACGAGCUGGGGAGGCUCAUCAUCACCCUGCAGGUGCUAGGUCUGAAGGGAAAUCCCCUUGCCUCAGAUGUCAUGGGUAUCUACAAUGAACCCAAGGGGACACACAAGCUCCUCUCCUACAUGUUAGACCACAUACAUCCCCCAGGCACACUGCCCCCAGCAAGGCCUUGGAUCCAGCUAUCAAAUCCAAACAGAAAUAAACCAUCAGCUAUAUUCUCUGUGAUGAGCUACAACGUUUUGUGCGACAAGUACGCCACAAAACAGAUCUACGCCUACUGCCCCACAUGGGCACUGGAGUGGGAGUACAGGAGAAAAGGGAUCAUGGAUGAGAUUCUCAGUGCCAGUUCAGAUAUCAUCUGUCUCCAGGAAGUAGAAACAGAACAGUAUUACAGUUUCUUCAGCCCGACCCUCAAGCAGCAGGGCUACGACAGCGUCUUCAGCCCAAAGUCCAGGGCCAAGACCAUGUCGGAGGAGGAUAGGAAAUACGUGGACGGCUGUGCCAUAUUCUUCAGGACCAGCAAAUUUGCAUUAGUCAAAGAACACCUUGUGGAAUUCAACCUGCUGGCGAUGGCGAACGCAGAAGGGUCAGAAGACAUGCUUAACAGGGUGAUGACCAAAGACAACAUUGGGCUUGCAGCACUCCUAGAGACAAGAGAGGGGUGCUAUGAAGGUUCUGCGUUCCAGCACGAAGCAGCGAACGCCAGGCAACAGCUUCUGGUAGCGAAUGUCCACAUUCACUGGGAUCCAGAGUACAGCGACGUCAAGCUCAUCCAGACCAUGAUGCUCAUGAACGAGCUCAAGAAGAUCAUCGAGGAGGAGUCGGUCAGCUUCAGACCGGGAGGAGGUGGAGCAGGAGGAGCCGGUGGCGGAGGGGGAUCGGGAGGAGGAGGCACUGGUGCGGGCCAGAGAGAUUCAGGGACCAUUCCAUUAGUGAUGUGCGGGGAUCUGAACUCCUUGCCUGACUCUGGUGUAGUUGAGUACCUCGAGAUGAGUAAAGUCUCCGUCCGUCAUCCCGACUUCAAAGACCUCAACUACAAGGUCCUGCGCAACUUCUCCUCCAACUCGGAGACCAACGGGCACAUCUCCCAUUCUUUCCAGCUGAAGCGGGUCUACCAGAACAACCCCAUGCGCUUCACCAACUACACCUAUGACUUCAAGGGCACCAUUGAUUACAUCUUCUACUCACGGCAGGCCAUGUCUGUCUUGGGUCACCUUGGACCUAUGGACUUUGAGUGGAUCGACACCAGUAAGGUGCACGGCUGCCCCAACGCCAGUAUCCCUUCGGAUCACUUCUCGCUCCUCACCGAAUUCGAGAUGCCCCUCUCUACGGCACCGUCGUCGCCCCCCUCGUCGACACUCUACCAUCCAACACCGAACUACCCCCUCGCGAGGCGGUAGCAAGCGGAGCUAGGGGACUCAGGGUGGUGUUCGUUCUUGGAACUCGAGAAUUUUUAAGAAAACUAUUGAAAACUAAUAAUGCAGGUUUUGUGUGUUUUUGUAUCUAAUUUGUAAAUUAUAGAAGAGUAUUAAAAACAUCCUAUGAAGUUAAAGUGCUUUGAACUUUGGAAGGGAGGUUAGUUGACACUGUAGAUGUCCUGUUGUAUAGUGUUGGCUCUUUUUGUGUGGAUAUAAUCUUGUUCAAUUCACGACAUACCUCAUGCCUCGUUUUUUCUGGUGAAAUUGUUUGAUGUGUUGUUAACAGAUCACUUUCUCUUUUUUUUUGUACAUAAAACAGUCCAAGUGUUGCAGUCUAUGUGCGUGUAGGGUUAUUGCAGUCGGUUCGUUUUGCAGUCGAGGGGAAGUUAUUCUUUUUUUCCGACAAUCGAAAUAGGGCUAAGUUCGACAGCACUUUAUCUUCAUGUUUUUGAAGUAUGCAAAUACACACAACCUGUGUUAAUCAGACCGAGGCUUAAAGCUACAACCGUCCUGGACCCGUUUGGUCGUGAAGGAGCGUGUAGUUUUAAGCCUCACUUGGCAAUGUUUUUUGUGGUAAAUUUGAAAUUUUAUGUAAUUCGUACUUUGUACAGUGUGUAAAUUGAUGCUAUUUUGCCAGAGAGAAAAAAACACUUGGAGCACAUUCUAUUCCAAACGCUGUAGAAAUCUUUAUUACUGCUGUCUGAUGGUACAGUUCAGAUAUGCUCUAUGCCAGGUCUUUAGGUAUCUUCACACACAUCCUAUUAUUUUUUGUCAUUGGUGCAAACAUUAAUGGGCAAUGAAAUGUAGGAGAAAAGUAAAUGAAUGAACUCAAUUCUUUACUCCUCCUAUUAUUAAUAAAGGGGUUAUUAAAUAUGAUAAAAUCCAGCAGUUCGGAUGCAGCUGAUAAAUUUUCACUUGGCCCUUCUCAAUGAUUCUUAUUUAUUCAUCUCUAUACAAGAAAAUACUGUCUUCUGGGCAAUGUAAAGCAAAAAUCCAGAAAAAGAAAAAGAGUUAAGAAAAUCAAAAAACCAUCCUGUUAGUAACCACAACAGUUUCAAAGAACGUGACCUUUAGACCCUAAGAAGUAGCAUUAUUCAAAUUGUUAGUGUUGUAAUAUCGACCAAUAAAAUCUGCAUUUUGGAUAAAUUAUGCAAUUGCUUCUCUUAUCCAGUUGCCAAAUUGGGAAGUGGAGCAAGUCUUUUCUUCUUUUCAAUCCAUACUACUUGGCAUCUUUUGUAAUAUGUGCCCUCAUAACAAACAGUGAUAAUACAGUCUACUGAGCGCCAGAGGGGCGUAAGUCUAUUACAUAGAUAUAACACCCUUCUGGCUUUCAACAGACAGUAUGACCCGAAUUCACAAUGGAGGUUUGAAUUUAUCCCAUGGUUUAAACCCUAAUUUACAUAACCCAUGGUUUAAAAUUAGCUCAAAUUAAGUGUACCUUGCCUUGCGCGCAUCUAAUAUUGGACCCCUGACUGUGUCCCGCUUAUUUUGUGCUAAUUUAAGACCAUGGGUUAUGUAAAUGAAGAUUUAAACCAUGGGUUAAAUUUAAACCUCCUUUGUGAACUAGGGCCUAUGUGUUUAGAAGCCCAACCAAUGUGCAAUUCUCUGCAAAUAGAAAACUAAUUUACAAAGCUAUGCUUUUGACUGCUUACAUAUCAAUAUAUAUAUAGGCAAGGAUGACUGGAAAAAUAUGGCUAUUUUAAAGCUCAGAUUUAUCCAGGACUUCGUAGAUAAAUAUUGAGCAUGGAUGACGAUAUUCUUACAAAAUUGUCCGGUUUCGUAAGAUUUUAUUAACUUCCCUUGUGUGGCCUUUUCAAUCUUGGACAAGUUCUCCCAGAUUAUGGCUUAUAUUUCAAGCUGACUGGGGUCCAUGUUGCUAGUAUCCUUCAAAGCAGUUGACUCAAAGAUCAACAUAGAUGCACGACAGGGGGGCGUUUCACAAAACUUGUCAUCAGUGACAAAUGACAGUUUUUGUCAUAAGCUACUAAAAAUCCAUGCUUCUGAUUGGUUAUCAGCAGAUUUGUCAUUGAUUUUUGUCAUUUGUCAUUGAAAAAAGGCUUUGUGAAACGGGUCCCUGGUCUAAGAAAAAAUGUCAGCAGGAUUUGUGAAAGAAAACAGACCUCCCUUGAUAGGUGUCUCAUAAUAAAGGGUCAUGAAGAAACUAUUAUCUAGGUCAGGUGUUAGGGGAUGGAAUUGUACUCUUAUCUUUAAAAGAAUGUGAAAAACAGUUUUGCUGCCAAUGAUUCUUAAAUAAUGAAGUUGAUUAUGAAACUUUUUCUGUUGCAGACUUUUCUUCUUAGAACUUGCUCAAAAUAAUUACAGGCGAUUAAUCUAUUGAUGAGAAAUAGGUGUAGAAUAGUGCAUACCUUUCAAAAAAUAUAUAUAACCAAGUACCGCAGACAAAAGGAGCAUGCAUACAAUCUGGCAUCGUAGCUUAUAUUGCAGUUUUUUAAUGUGGAUGGAGGGGAUCAUAUCGUAUGUUUUGAAGAUAUCAGAUGAUUUCUAUUGUAAAUCUGUAUCAUAAACUAGGAAUUCAUGCAAUCCUAGGUCUUGAGAAUAAAUUGUACAUUUGGAGAUGAAAUUAUUCUGGCGAAAAAUUCUUGACAAAGAUUGGUUUAUACUAUAAUUGAUUUCUGGUGCGUGUAUCACUCUAUACAUCUACAUGUCGACCACCAUUUCAUUUGCUUUCUUUUUCUUUUCGUUUUGUAUGGCAUUUGUUACUGUAAUAUGUAGUGUACAGUUUCAAUAUCUUUUUUUUUUUUUAAAUAUCUCUUGUUUUGCACUGCAGUAGACUCUAGUGCUCCGGCACAAAUCUUUGUGGGGAAAAGACUUGAAGUUAUGGAAAGGUUGAUAGAAUGCGAUGAUGUGUAGGGGAAGUUAGGAUGUCAAGACUUGAAUUUGUCUUUUUUUCUAAUUUAUUUUCUAAUUUAUUUUUUGUGUUUUGUAAGUGAAGUCCUAAUCGACCAUCCCAUUUUUGCGCGGCCGUUCUCCCAUCCUUCAUGAAUAUGUAAGUUUUAAUGAAAUAAUGAAAAUGCAUGUGAUUUAAUUUGGACCAAUGAGAAAAGAGGACCAGAGCUUGAUUGUAAAUAUGCACUAAUUUAAAGUGAUGGUGCUGUCAACUUUUCUUAUGGGGGACUUUCCCGAUGCCAUUCCAGAGGGACCCUGUGUGCUUGUUCAGUACAAGAAUUUUUAGCCAAACUAUUGUCAAAUUGUACAUAGAUUUAAAAAAAGAAAAGAAUAAGUAUGGACAGAGAUUAGGGAACUAAGAUAACCCCGGCAAUCAUGCCUGGAAUCUAUUCAGAUCUAUCCUUGUGUAUCUGUUGAAGUUAGUAUCAUAAUCUGUGUAUAGUGUGUUGUUAUAUUGUUCAUGUGUUGAAUAUUUUUAUAUGCCUAUUCGUCCCUCUGGAAGUCAUGCCUUUUUUUUCGCCCGAGGCGAAAUGGAGUCGGCCGAGGCUGUGCCUGCUUUCUCUCUUUCGCCUCGGUGAGAACCAGGGUAAACAAAGUUUGCCUAGCCAAGCUUUUUUUUAAUUGAAUAAUGAGAUCAAGUAAACUGUUAUUGUUCAGUCACAGAUUUCAUAAGAUGAAAUAAUGAAUUCAAUUCAGAGACAUACAACAUCUUUGUCUUAAUAGUAAUUUGGCAAGAGGCUUUUUAAAGUGUUUUCUAAAUGCCUGUUAGAUAGUGGAAUGUAUUUGGUGUCCAAGAAAUUGUGUCCAUAAUUUGACUAUUGAAUUCAUAACCUGACCUAGAAAGUCUUUGAGGGAGACCAACUAUAACCUCUUUAGUGCAAUUUCUCUUUAACCGUUCAUUACCAUGAGGUUUAGUAAUAGGUUGGAUGUGUUCGCACUUAAUUAUAUAUAUGCUAUGCAUAUCUUUUUUUAAUUUUUAGUCCAAGUACAUAUUUAAUUAAGAAUUCGUCUUGCAAUUACAAAAAAAAGCAAAAAGGUUCAGCUUACAUUCCCUCAUUAAACAGAUUACAUUUGGUUUUUAAUAAAUUUAUAGCUAUGCAUGAAUUUCACAUAUCUUUAUGUAAUCAACAGGCAUUUAUGAGACGCUAAACUUAAGUCUUAAAAACAUGAUCUGAAAGCAAAAUCAUAGAAAUUCUUUCAAAUUAACAUCACUUUUGAAAUCUUUUGAAUAAUAAGUGUAAUUGUCCAUUGUGUGACUAAAUUUUUUUAAAGAAAUUAAAAAAAAAAAAAAUAUUUUUGAAAGAUGGCGUGUAUCUGUCAGCAAAAAUGGGACCAACGGCGAGGACUUCACUUACAACGUAGAAAUUAAUAUCUUCUUGGUUUUUAUUGUAGAUUGAUGUUGUUUAUUAUUAUUAUUAGCUUUAAAUGAAAAGAGAGAGCUUUCGAUCUGGAGGGUAGAUGUUUUUGUGUUAGGAGACAGAGAGAUAGUAUUGUAUAUGUGUCCCCCACCCCCUUUCCUUCUCCCCACCCUUUCUCGGUAUAUUGUGCCGAGGAAGUUAUGUUUAUUACCACGCGCAUUUAUUUGAUUUUCUCUCACUCAGUGUUCUUUGGGUAGUGUAACUGUAGACUGGCUGUGUCUACACCGCAUGUUCCGUCUCUAAGAUGACGUUUUUCAGAGCGUAAAAUCAACUUCAAAUGCUUGUUUUGUGGGAACAUACCCUUUUGUGAGUCUCGGGUUUGCUCUGUUUUUAGAGUAACCUUGAUUACACACACUCUUAUUUAUUAUAACACCUUUGAGUAUCAAAGCAAUAGGAAAAUUAACUGGGUUUAGAAAACUUUCGAUGUAGAAUAUCAUCUGUUUGGAGCCAGAAGGGCAUUAACUCACAAACUUUAAUCACACAGUUAACGCCCUUCUGGCUGUGAACAGACAAGAUGAUGGUUCUCCUUAAAUCCCCAGAUUUUAGAUGUGUACAAAAAAAAACAUCAGCAAAACAGAUGUCAACUAACUAGCUCCAAUUAUUAAAGAAUUUGCCAACUUGGCUUUAACAACUUUCAAAAUGGGGUGCAUUUAUUUAUUCUCAAAUGAGACUCACAUUUAGAAGGAAAAUUUUGGUCCAUAAAUCCACCUCGCAAUCAGAAAUACGGAAGACCAUCUACUGCUACAGAAGGCACACAUUUAGCUAUAUGCAUAUAUAUUAAUGAAUUUGUCCUCAUUUACACUAUAGGCAUCCACAUGCAUUUGAAAAAUGCUUUUACGUUCUGCUUACGCAUCUUAGCGAUUGGAAUCUGUGGUGUAAACACAGUCUUGACAGAGUAACCUUUAACCAGUAUUUGGCAGAUUUGUGUGACGUCGAUUAGCAAGCAUUCCACUUUUUUCUUGUACAAUUGAAUCUCUUUGAUUUCAGUCGGGUCCAGAACAAUCGAGAUCAGAUCGGUGCGAAUCUCUCGAACAAGUUCUGAUUAUUUUUUUGAUUAUCUUUUUUGUUGUUGUAUGUGGGGUUUGUCAGGAAAGAUGGAUUCUUCUGAAGUCAACACCUAUCACAACAUUAGCUGAUAGGAGAUUUAAAGUUAAUCGGUUCGAUGGUGAGCCAAGACUAUGUUUUGGAACAAGGGCUUUGGAAUUAAUCUGGACAUGCUAAAUAAUAAUAUGAACUUAUAUUUCACAUUUAUUUCAAUGCUACAUAGUUGAAUGUGCUAUGAAUUAUGGAUUGUAUUCAAAAUAUUAUGGAAAAUAAGCUUCAAGAAUAAUUGUAUGAAUUUGAGAUACUCUAUUGUUUGGUAGAAACACAUUAUAUUAUGGCACAUUUUUUUUUUGCAGUAUGUGAUAUUUAGUUGACACCAAGUGGAUACAUGUCUGUUUCAAAAAAUUCCAAUUUAAAAAAUUGAUUAUUUGAUUUGAUUUGUUUGUGAAAGUUCUUUUGAUCAAAAUCAGGAGAAACUCUUUCCCUACCUCUUUUUUAAAAUCCAAAGCUCUCAUUCCACACAUUUUCUUGGUGAGCCAAGUUUUUAAAGUGUACAAAAAGCACUUUUUAAAAACAGAAAAUAAAAUUGGCUGGCAUUGAAGCGAUGGUGCUUAUAGGUGGCAUCAUGAUUUUUACGAAUGUUGAUAAUUUAUUGCAUAAUUGCAUUCUAGGUCUAAAUUGAAGCAGUUUUCCAGAUGAGAUUUGCACACAAGCGUUUUUUUAAUCUAGGAGAAAGAUGGCUGCUUAAAUUGUAGAAUAUGUAGGGUAGAGAGAGAGAGAGGAGUUGGAACAUAAUGAUUAGUAUCAGAAUUGUCUAAUAUAUUUUUUUCUUUCUCCAACCCGAUUCAAUGGUUUUUCUGCGACAUUUUUUGGUGCAGAGAGAUUACGUGGUGUCUGUCAUUGAGUGGGGAUAAUAAUGCUUGUCUGUUUUAAUUGAAUUUUCUCCCCAUUUUCUGUUGGGAUUUAUUAUUAAAAAUGUGGAUAAUAGAAAUGCUAAAAAAACAUGAAA